AUGUUCCACGUGUGGAUNUUCUUAGACAGAGAGCUGUUCCCUGGUGAGAAAUACCGUGUCACCUGGUACACAUCCUGGAGCCCCUGUGUUGACUGUGUGAAAGAUGUGAUCGAGUUCCUGGAGGAGAACGAGAACAUGGAGUUGAGGAUCUUCGUAGCCCGCCUCUAUUACUCCAAGGAUGCAGAGCACCAGCAGGGGCUUCGCAGGCUGUCUCAAGCAGGGGCCCAGGUGGAAGUCAUGUCCUUCCAAGAGUUUGAGCACUGCUGGGAAACCUUUGUGGACCACCAGGGAACACCCUUCUUCCCCUGGGCUGACAUAGAUGAAAAUUGUCAGGAACUAUCUACGGCUUUAUGGCAGAUUCUCCAGGAAAACUGAAGGACGGACUUCAAUCUCUCUAAAGAAGGCAGAAGACCUCUGUGUAACAGCAGAAUAAAACACUUUUAAAGAAAUGGAAACUCACUAUUCAUCGAUAUCUCCAGAUUGAUUCCCAAAACCUGGCAAAAAGCAAUGUGUUCAUAAGAAAUUGUUUUUUAAAAAUUAUCUGAUAGAUUUAUUUCUCUGUUGGGAGCUGGCUGGGAUCAGCCAGGGACA